AUGAGGCAAGAGUCAAUGCCGGUGUCCCUUUACUAUACCAAAAUUAAAACUUUAUGGGACCAAUAUGAUUCACUUGUGGCUUCCACUGAAGCAUGUAUAUGUGGUGCUGGGAAACAUAUGAUAGAAUGCCUCGAGAGAGAUCGAGCAAUGGAAUUCUUGCAGGGCUUGCAUGACAAGUUUUCCAAUUUGCGAAGUAGGAUUCUCACAAUGGAACCCUUUCCAACGGCUUUGCGCAUUUUCAAUCUUGUGCAACAAGAGGAGGAGCAACAACAUAUUACAUCCUCCCCACUGCCAGUAGUUGAUUCAGCUUCCCUUAAUACUUCUCGGCACCUUCCAUCGUCGUCUCGUCCUCCAGCUAGCCACAACAAGCGUCCUCGACCUCACUGUGACUAUUGUAACAGACACGGACAUGUUAGAGAAAAGUGCUAG